AUGAAAAAAUAUCCUGAUGUUAUGCAUAUGAAGCUGAGGCUUCUUGAAGAGCUUGAAGACACAUGGCUUCCUUAUCUGACUCCCAGAGAUGAUGAAUUCUAUCAUCAGUGGCAGCUGAAAUAUCCUAAGUUGAUUCUUCGAGAAGCCGGCAGCGUACCGGAUGAGCUCCAUAAAGAUGUUCAAGAUGCUUUCCUGGCACUCCACAAGCAUGGCUGCUUAUUUCGGGACGUGGUUAGGAUCCAAGGCAAAGAUAUACUCACUCCAGUAUCUCGCAUUCUCAUUGGUAACCCAGGCUGCACCUACAAGUACCUGAACACCAGGCUUUUUACCAUACCCUGGCCAGUGAAGGGUUCCAAUGCAAAAUACAGUGAGGCUGAAAUAGCUGCUGCUUGUCAAAGCCUCCUGAAACUCAAUGAAUACAUGCAGAUUGAGACCAUCCAAGGUUUGGAAGAACUUGUUGCCAGAGAAAAAAAUAAUAUCGACGAAGUGCCAGUGUGUAUAGGUCCAGAUUUUCCCAGGGUUGGUUUGGGGUAUGAUGGACCAGAUGAAGUGGAAUUGAGAAGCAGAGCAGCAUACAAUGUGACUUUGGUGAAUUUCAUGGAUCCCCAGAAAAUUUCAUACCUGAAAGAGGAACCUUAUUUUGGCAUGGGAAAGAUGGCAGUGAGCUGGCAUCAUGAUGAGAAUCUGGUGGACAGGUCAUCGGUGGCAGUGUACAGUUAUAGCUGUGAAGGCCCUGAUGAUGAAGAAAGUGAUGAUGAUCCCCAAUUUGAAGGCAGAGAUCCUGAUACUUGGCAUGUGGGCUUUAAAAUCUCAUGGGACAUAGAGACUCCUGGCUUGGCAAUACCCCUCCAUCAAGGAGACUGCUAUUUUAUGCUUGAUGAUCUCAAUGCCACCCAUCAACACUGUGUUUUGGCUGGUUUACCUCCUCGGUUUAGUUCUACCCAUCGAGUCGCAGAGUGUUCGAUGGGAACCUUGGAUUAUAUUUUACAGCGCUGCCAGUUGGCUCUGCAGAAUAUUCGUGAUGUGGCAGACAAUGGUGAUGUAUCUUUGAAGUCCUUGGAGCCUAUAGUUUUGAAGCAGGGAGAAGAUAUCCAUAAUGAGGUUGAGUUUGAGUGGCUGAGACAAUUUUGGUUUCAAGGCAAUCGAUACACAAAAUUCACCGAUUGGUGGUGUCAACCCAUGACUCAACUUGAAGAAAUGUGGCAGAAGAUGGAAGGUGUGACAAAUGUUGUGCUUCGUGAAGUUAAAAGAGAGGGGCUCCCCAUGGAACAAAGGAAUGAAAUCUUAAGUGCCAUCCUUGCUUUGCUUACUGCACGUCAAAACCUGAGGAGAGAAUGGCACGCCAGGUGCCAGUCCAGAAUUGCCCGGUCUUUACCUGCGGAUCAGAAGCCAGAAUGCCGGCCAUAUUGGGAGAAGGAUGAUCCUUCUAUGCCUCUGCCGUUUGAUCUCACAGACAUCGUCUCAGAACUCAGAAGUCUGCUUCUGGAAGCAAAGCCCUAGGAAGAGCACAAGUUACAGAUGGAAGAGGAAAAAUCAUUUUUCUAGUUCCUCUCUUCCAACCUUGUGAUGGGCAAGGCUAGCAUGGGUAGUUAUAGCUUUUAGAUUGUAGAACUUGCAUACAGUAGGCAAUAGAACCCGCUAAUAUUAAAAUGCCUAUAUAUAUAUAUGUAUAUACAUAUAUAUAUAUAUAUAUAUAUAUAUAUAUAUAUAUAUAUAUAUAUAUGAUGCAGUGUUAUAAUCGGAUUUGAUUUGGAACCAGAACCUCUCCUUCCCUACCCCCCUCACCCCCACCCCUCAUCUGUUUCUCACCUGAAUUGUUAGUGUGAGCCACUCAGCUGCCAGGGACAAGGUAAUAAGGUUGAGCCACUGCAUAGUCUCAGCUAUUCUCCAUUAUCGCAGGCCUUUUCAGGGACUCUAAAGAGAAUGACUGUAUAAAGUCUUCUGGAGAACCAGAGAGAGACAGAACAGAGAGACAGUCAUCCUAGUUUGUCCUCACCACACCCUUUAGAGACUGUACUGUCCAAUAGUAGUUACUUCUUAUCUGACGGGGCUGCUGACAUUUUGAAUUGUCAUCUAAAGUCCAGCUCCUCUGUUGAACCUCCCAUGGGGCCAGUGACUACUGUCCUGGACUGUCCAGAGACAGCACACAUUCAUCAUUCUGCAGAGUUCUAUUGGACAGUGCUUCCAUAAAAAAGUCUGAGAGUGGGAGUCGGGCGGUAGUGCAGCAGGUUAAGCGCACGUGGCGCAAAGCGUUAAUUGACCGGCAUAAGGAUCCUGGUUCGAGCCCCCGGCUCCCCACCUGCAGGGGAGUCUCUUCACAGGUGGUGAAGCAGGUCUGCAGGUGUCUAUCUUUCUCUCCUCCUCUCAUUCUCUCCCUUUCUCUCUGUCCUAUCCAACGACGAUGACAACAAUAACUACAACAAUAAAACGAGGGCAACAAAAGGGAAUAAAUAAAAUAAAUAUUUUUUUUAAAGUCUGAGAGCAAGAAACUCUCUGUAGCUGCCACCCCCAUGGGAGAAUAUUAAAGAAAUGACUCCUUGUAGUCUUUUUUUUUUUCUUCUCUAUAACUCCCCCAUGCAUUCAUAACAAGUGAAAUUGAGGCUUGAAAAAUCCCCUUCCCUGCCCUGAUGACACUAGGACAUCAGACAGGUGAUGUAGCACAGAAGUAAAGCCCUGGCUCUGGUUUUAAGGUGCCCGGGUCAAAUCCCCCACUAGCUUUAUGACCUCUGGCAUGCUGCUUUACCUCAGUUUCCUCAUCUGUAUAAUGGGGACUAAUCUAGCUAGCAAUCUCUGACAUCAGUCAAUAUUAGUAUUGAUAUUAGUAUUAGUAUAUGUAUCAGUGGGGUGACCUUAUGUUGUAGCUGUCUUCCCCUCCCUAUCUCUAGCCCUGUGCCAGUUUUGUCUGUUGGUGUCAUGAACCCUUUUGGCCUAGCCUCUAUCCUUUGGUAACUUCAGAAAUUGUGAGAAUAUUUAGCCUCUCUUCCCCAAUAUGCUACUGCUUCCUUCUCUAGUAGUUGUCUGCAGUGGUUUGGAGACCAGAAAGCUUUUUUUUUUUUUUUUUUGGUGUGUGUGGGGGGGUUGUGGUGGAUACUGGCAGAUACACUGAGGACCUGACAACCAAAUUUUUGCUGCCAUCAGCAGUAGCUCACAAGUUCAAGGCUUCAAUUCAUGUGCAUGGAAGUGACCACCAGAGAAGAAUCACCUUGUAUAAAGUGUCUAGUACUU